AUGAGCAAACCCGACACCAUCUACGCCGACGAGCGGCGCUUCCUCGACGAGCGCGGCUCCUCGGCAUCCCUCGCCCCGAACGGCGAGAACCCGGCGACCAUCAUGGAGAAGGCCGUCCGCGAGCGCAUCAUUGACUCGUACUUUUACAAGGAGCAGUGCUUCGCCGUCAACGAGGCCGACAUCGUCGACCGCGUCGUCGACCACGUCUCCUUCAUCGGCGGCACCCACGGCGUCACCCAGAAGCCCACGCCCUUCCUGUGCCUCGCCUUCAAGCUGCUGCAGCUCGCGCCCUCGGACGAGGUCCUCGAGACGUAUCUGGGGUUCGGCGGCGAGAAGUUCAAGUACCUGCGCGCGCUGGCGUGCUUCUACAUCCGCAUGACGAGGAGGGCCAAGGACGUGUACCUGUUGUUGGAGCCGUUUUUGGAGGAUCGGAGGAAGCUGAGGAGGAAGGGGAGGCAGGGCACGAGCUUGACGUAUAUGGACGAGUUUGUGGACGAUCUUCUGACGAAGAGCAGAGUUUGCGCAACGAGUUUUAGAGAGUUGCCGAAGAGGGUUGAUCUGGUGGAUUUGGGAGAGCUGGAAGAGAGGGUCAGCCCGCUUGGAGAUAUCGACGAGUUGCUGGAGCAGGAGGAAGAGGAGAGGGAAGACAGCCCUAGAGAAAACGGCGCGGACGACUCUGAGGGAGAGAUUGUCGAGGAUAGGAGAGAUGGAGAGCCCAUGGACGUGGAGAGGAGAUCACGGUCGAGAAGCAGAGAUCGAUCACCUUAG